GACAGAUUGCAACCUGGCUGUAUCGAUAACGACUUGAAACUACAAAUACGACCUCACAAGAAACUUAAAUUCGACUCGGAUAUACCUCGAUCAACUUCUCGGAAACGAUAUGGAAGAUUCACGGGAGAUACUGAUAAUCAGAUAUCGAAAAAACGUCACAAAUACUUCCACCUAGAUGAAGAUCGACGUCUCAUAGCAUUUUCAUACACAUCAGAUUCAUUUGCUAUACUUAUCGCAUCGGUGGUUAUUGAGAAGAAGGAAGCAUUAGAUUCAAUGGGAAACGAUGCAGCUUUAGAACAAAUCGUGUUGUCAAUGGAGGAACCAAUGGAGGAAUUGGAAGAAGAGCUGAUCCUGGAAUAA